GCGCUUUACCGCAGUAUCACUAGAUUUCUGCAGCACUCAUCAAAACUCUGCGGCAUGAAGACAAGAACUGGGGGGGAGGGCACUCACUCGGACCCGGCUACCUCUUACUUUUAGUCUCCCCUUUCUCCAUCCUUAGAUAGGCGGUUCUUUUUCUUUUCUCCGAUUUGAGCUCCUCCAUCACUCCUAGAAAAAAGGGCUCCAUCCUCUCUCUCUCUUCUCCAUAGGCUGCAUUUAUUUCAGGUUGUCUUAAAGGAGGCUGAUCUUGUAUGACAUAAUGGCAAAGGAUGGAGAAAAAAGCGAGUGGAAGGAGUUUCUAUGGAACCCCAGGACGAGGGAGUUUCUGGGCAGGACGGCCAGCAGCUGGGGUCUCAUCCUUCUCUUCUAUUUAGUUUUCUACAUCUUCCUGGCCGGCUUGUUUGCUCUCACCAUGUACGUCAUGCUGCAGACCUUGGAUGACCACAAGCCGACCUGGCAGGAUAGGCUCUCCACACCAGGCAUGGUGAUUAGACCCAAAGCUGAUGAGACCUUUGAGAUUGUCUACAACAUCCAGAACACAGAGAGCUGGGACAUGUAUGCUCAGGCCCUGGACAAGUUCUUGGAACCCUACAACAACACCGUCCAGGCCCAGAAAAAUGACGAAUGUAAACCGGACCAGUACUUCCUGCAGGAGGACAGCGGCGAUGUAAAGAACAACCCCAAGCGCUCCUGUCAAUUUCAUCGCAGCCUUCUGGGGGACUGCUCGGGAAUGACCGACCGUUACUAUGGAUACCAGGAGGGCAAGCCAUGCAUCAUUAUCAAGAUGAAUCGGGUGAUUGGGAUGCUGCCAGGAAAGGAUGGCCAGGCUCCUUAUGUCACCUGUGGUGCAAAGAGAUAUAAAGUUGGCAAAGAUGAAUGGAGAGAAGACACUGACAAAAUUGGACAGUUGACGUACUUUCCUUCCAACGGCACUUUCAACCUCAUGUACUACCCUUACUAUGGCAAGAAAGCUCAGGUGAACUACUCGCAGCCUUUGGUUGCCGUCAAGUUCCUUAACAUCACCGUCAACGAGGAUGUCAACAUUGAGUGUAAGAUCAACUCCAACAACAUUCCCACAGGCAGCGAAAGAGACAAGUUUGCCGGACGAGUGUCUUUCAAGCUGAGGAUCAACACCGUUAACUAGGUUUUCAAGCCUUUUUCCUCCUCUGAACACCUUAUGCUCUGCAACAUGGACACACGCACAGAAACUAAUCGCAGCAUUCCCACCCUUUGUGGCUUUUGUUUACAACCCAUCUGUCAAACAAAUACUUGACGGGUGCAGACAUUGUGUGUGUCCGGGUGUGCGAUAAUGAGAAAAUUUUGGAAGAAAAGGGUGGGAAUCCUGUCAUUGUUUCUGUCUGUGAGCUUGGGGACAAAAUUUGUUUCUGUAAAUUAAUUUGAGGUGACGUCUAUUUAUACUGCAUGACAAACAAAGUAGGGGAUGUGAAGGAUAUACACGUGUGUUUUUAAAGUUUGCAAGGACCAGUAACAUUAACACUACUGCUGCUCCUGUCCUGCUGCCUCAGUAUAGAGCGUUAUUCCUCUAUAUGUGAUACACACCAUUACAAAUAGUGUAUACCUGCAGUUUUUAUUUACACAAUAUCAUAACCUUCUAGCCGUAACAGGGAUGGGCAUUUUAAAUAAAUACAUUUCACUAAUCCUCAAUUAUCAAUCCAUUGUUUUUUUUAAUCCAUUUGAGAUUGUAGAAAAUACUAAGUAAAGUGUCUGCAUGUCUUUUUCGCUCUGCUUCUUGAGACAGAAACAACAGCGCCUCUGCUGGUUGCAGCCAAGUAGUGCACUCCAUGAUUAACCAACAUUCCAUACAAUUCCUAACAAUCAAUUAUAAUGCCCAUCCCUAAUCCAUAGAACUAAUCAGUUGCACUCAAAAGAUGAAACCAACAGUAUAUAUAUUGAUGGAUGGAUGCCGAGACGAAGCCAUUUUGCAUGUGUGUAUUGUCUUUAGUGUGCUGUGAGGGCAGGAGGCCGCCCCCAAAUGUCCCGGCUCUUUGCGCAGUGUGGUAAAAAAAAAAACGAUUCUGUGAAAGCGCUGGCCACCAGGAGGGACCAUCAUGUAAUCUACGAAACAUUACACACACACACACAAAGACAAAGAUAGUCUCCUAACACUAACCUUUAAGCGUGUUUGUGGCUUGAAUGCGCGUAUGAUCAAUCCAAUUUCAUACUAUAGGUCGGGAAAUUGCAUGCAUUGUGCAAUACUCAUUAAAAUUAUACAUUAUGAAUGCUUGAUCUCAUCGUUUAAGGCUAAUUCUGCAUAAUUCAACAUGCUAUAUGGUCUUCCACCCUCGCCAUCAAACACAAAACCCUCACCCCUACUUGAACUCUGUGAGAGGUAAUUCUUUUUUUAUCCCAAUUGAGUUAACAACUCAUUUGUGGCCACACACUAGGGGGCAUUUCUGACAUUUUUAGAAGUUUUUGCUUGUAUUUAAUUGAUUUAUCAGACUUCAGUUUUGUGUUGAUUUGCAUUUGUUGUGCUUUUCAGGGGGAAUGAAUUUAUACACAGGAAAUUGUCAUGGUACAUAGUCUGAAAUAAAUACAACUGUACUAGAGGAGGGUCUUAUUUUCAAAAUAAUUUCAUUAUUGAGGAUUUUCAGUUACGCUGUGAGCAGUUAGAUGACACAAUGUGCAAGUGUUUGGUGCUAACGAUGUGCUUUGACUGAUCAGUGUGGGGAAACAGCGUAAUAAUAAUUCAAACUCAGGCAUUCCAGAGAAGCUUUCUGUUUUUUUCCACUCCAUUCACAAGCACGCUCCCCUCUUCGGCUGCAACACUUACUUAAUUUCACUCUAAUCUCAUAAUCUGGUGGGCUAAUCCACAGCCCUGCACACUGAACUUCUUUGCCCUACUUUGUUGCUCCUUCGUGUGGUCCAAAGUAGACAUGAAACAAGGAUCAUUUAUUCAUUUUGUUUAUUUGUCACGGCAUUCAAUCCUGAUUAUUACGUUCUAAUUCAUCCAAGAGCUGUUCAAUCGCAAAAACAGCCAUUUCCAUUUGACGUCUUCAACCAAAGAUCCUCAUUAGAGUGAAAAAUUUGAUGCAGAGACAGUGUAGGAUCCUGUGUCUGCAUAAAAGCUGUGUUAUAAAAAGGCCUACUCUUAUAUAAUACGCACAACAAGAAUAUGUUUCUCCAAGACAUAACAGUGCCUCCUGGUGGACAGAACAUGUUGUUGCCAGUGUCCAGGAACAUACUGUACUUGAUCCUUUGACUGUAUCUCCUUUUAUCAAUCUUCCUCUCUGAUAAUUUGGAGAUGUCCUCGGAAAGCAAUAUAUUUCUUUCUCAUGUGGCGGUGUGGUGUAUUUAUGGAAAAAUAACAAAACGAGGCGUUAAAAAAAAGUGCGAGACAACUUUUCAUGGAAGAAUAGAAGUCAUGUAUUGUUUGUGACUGAUUAUUUUUAAUUGCAAUUUUUGUUGUAAAGAUUAGAGAAUGUAUCAGCUGGGAUUGUAUCACGUCAGCUGAGAUACACGGCAGGUUUUCAUCAUUAUUUUAUCAAACGUCACCGCCUGGUUGACGAGGCUUUCUCGUUUGUUUUCUUUGUUUUGUGACAUUUCCACUCCUUUCCCUUAUAAAAGCUUUUCAGGUUUGCAAUGAAUGCAAAGUGAAGGUGUGUGUCAACCUUUCCCAAACUACGACACAGUGUGUUCUGACCAAAAAUAUUGAUGGAAAUAUACAAAUCAUAUUAUUAAAAAAAAAAAAAAGAAUAACACAUAUACUGACUAUUAUGAAAUCAUAAUCAUGAAUGUGGUGCAAAGGGAGGAUCAGAUCAGUUUGUUGCCCAAACGGAUGAUGAAUCUACCCUGGAUCUUUAUUUUAUGCUCUUACUCUAUGUAUAUUUUUGCUCAUGUUUACUGCAAAACAAGAUAGAGAAAUAAAUAAAUGUCAUUUAAGGAACCAAAA